CGGCUUCAACCUCUCGCUAGGCGGUGGAGCGACCGGGGCGCAGCAGCAGUAGCAGCAACCCAAUUCUCCCGGUGCGGGCGGGCAAACCACGGGCAGAGGCUCUUCCUACCACUUUUGUUUUUCCCUCGCUUCCCGCUCGGGAAACCAGCAUUCCCCCCGGCCGUCUCUUCCUCUCCCGGCGGGAAAAGUUCCCCCUGCACCGGGCUGCCCAGCCAGAGGCAAGAAGACGGGCGAGGGAAAGCAGCGAGAAAGAGCCCAUUUUGCCCUCUUUCUCCGCCUAGGACAGGCAGAGAAGAGCCCGUCGGGGAACCAGGGAAGCCCGCGGGGAGGGCGGCAAGCAAGGCCGAGAUCCACGUCCCUGCCACCCCCGCCGAGCUAGCCCAGCUGCCGAGAGCUGGCAGGGCUUGUACGCGGCGGAUCACAUGGCGGCGGCUCAGCAGGAAGUUCGCUCUGUUCCUGGGUGGCGCGUCGGAGUUUCGGUCUUGCUCCGAGGCGCUCGGAGCGCGUAGCCGAUCACGGUGGGGGCUUCAAUCUCAUCAAGUUCUUGCAGAUUCCAUGGAAAAGUUUCCAAACCCACUUGGGCAAUCUGUGAGCAAGGCUUGGACAUUAUUUUCAAGGGGGUAGGGAGUAAUUUAACCAGAUCUGCUGCAUUCAUAAUCUCAUCAGUGAUGAAAUAUUGCUGGGAAGUAUGGAUAAAAAUAUUGCAGAGCAGCUUAAUAAGGCAUACGAAGCAUUUCGACAGGCGUGUAUGGAGAGAGAUUUUGCUAGAAAAGAACUAAAGCAAAAGACAGACAGCUAUGAGAAGCAGAUACAUGAACAGCAGGAAAAAAAUGAAUUUCUAAUGAGCAUUGUUGCAAAACUCAAAUCACAGUUGGCUGCCAACAGAGUCAACACACAAAGUCAAGUUCCAGUCCAUGAAGACAAUGAAAUGCCAAGAAAUGGUACCUUGUUGAACUCAGAUUUUGAUCAGCUCCAAGAAAAACUGAAAUUGGCAAUGCAAAGGGAAAAGCUUUUGAAGCAAGCUUUGCAAUUUCUGCUUCAGAAAUUUGGAAUUGGAAGCAAAAAGAAAAAUUACAUUCCUCUGGAACAAUUGGAAAGUGAGAGUGUAAAAUUAAAAAAAACUGAAGAAGAUAGUAAUUUAAAGGAAAAGAAAUUUGAAUCUAUUAUCACUGCCAAAGAAGAUGAAAUAAAGAAUCUAAAAAAGCAGCUGAAAGAAAUAAAUGAAGCACAAAAUUGCGUACAGGUAUCAAGAUACGAAAAAGAGGCAAGGAGUGAAAAACAUCCUUCGUCUAGACAGGAAUUAUCAUCAGGGGUCUCUUCUGCGUCUGUCUGUGAAAGGGAUGAACUGGAAAGUGUUUUCUGGGGCAUGAAGGAAGAAUUCAGUCGAAUACGUGCACUGGCAAGAGCACAGACGGACCAGCUGAAUAAAUGUAACCUAAGGAGAGAACCUACAACUGAAAUUCCUUUCUCCAAGCCUAUCCAGUGCACUGAUGAACAAACGGAUGACCUUUGUAAUCCAUGGGUUAAAAAGGAUACCAACAGAGAUGUACCUCAUUUCUCAACUAUUGCGUCAAGAGGAAUGGGACCAGACGAGGAAGAAAACUCUGUGGAAUCCCUUUCUAAGCUUAAUGUCAAGUUCCCACCUACAGAUAGUGAUACUGAAUUCUUGGAGAGCUCCCCAGAGACUACUCCAAUUCUAAAUGCUCUGAUGACUGAAAACAUGCUCCCAAAUCAGCCAUUUAACAUGGACCAUGGGGACCAGGAGCCUCCGUGGAACUCUUACUGCACUCAAGGCACUGACUUACUGGCACUUGCUUCUGAAGACUCGGAACUCAGUCAGUCAGGAAUAUGUGAAUUCUGUCAGAAAGUGUUCCCACCAUCUCUUACAUCCAGGGAGGAUUUUCUGAGGCAUCUGAAUUCACAUUUCAACUUGAAGUCUUAGCAUCACUGGAGAACAGACAAGUUUUAUUUAAUUUAAUUGUAGAUGCUGUCUUUGAUCUUGGUCCCAACAGAUAUACAAAUUUCAGAAUAUAAGGUGGCAUUUAUAACAAUCUGUCAAGUUCAUGCCCCACAUUAAUAUAAUUAAAAUCAGAUACAAAGCCCUACAAUAAAUAUAUUGAAACUCCUUUUGAAUCAACAUGUCUUGAGUUCAAACUGUAGUUGCAGAGGGAUGCUGAAUAUUAUGAUCCAGUCCAAUAUGUAACAAAUGAAAAUUGGGAUCGUGUUUUGUAUAUAGAACUGAUAAGGGUGUAUCAUCGUUUGUAUUUCUAAAUAACAUUUAUUUAUUAGUAUUUUUUUUUAACAUUUGGCAUACCAGUUAAGAAGUACAUGAAAAUAAGUGCUAUGCAUUUUAGUGCUUGCAAGUACACACUGACCCUUAUAUUAGGCAUUUACUUAUGAACAAUUUAUUAAAGUAAAUUUCUUGCUUAUGUUGCCCCUUUUGUAAUAAACCAAUGACCCACAUGUUUCACCUACUUAUAAGUGGUAUAUUAAUGUCAAAAUAAAACAUAAAUGCAUUUACAUAUAAGUAUGCAUGGAACAUGUAUGCAGGUAUGAGUGCUUUAUUCUGUGACCCUAUAUCUAUUUAUUUUAUUCCUAGUCCAAAAAAAAAAAAAAGUUAUUUGGAACAGAACUUUGUAAUGCUGUUGACUUGGUAACAGAAAGUGACAAUCAGCUACUAUUUAAAUACAGCAAAUACUCUUACCUCUACUACAGUAAGACUAGAAGUAGGACUUUCCAUACUUUAAAGAAAAAACCCUGCUAUUCAAAGUCAGUGUGGCAUGAUAAAUUUGGGUUGAGAUUUAGUGUUUAGCUUCCUAUAUCUAACCUUGAACAGAAUCAUGGACUUCCAUGAAGAAGGAAGGUGGCAAUGGCUAUGUUGCAACAGCCUUAUCCUACAAUGAAUGUCCUGCUAUGUGCUUAACUAAAGCCACUGAAGGCAAAGGAUUCUGUCAUCGGCAAUUCAGUCUGUUGCAUACAAGAAUUUAUAACCAAUGCACAAUGACAUUUUCCUGAUUGGACUGUCCCCCAUAAAAAAUAUUUAAUAAAUAUCCAGCUGACUUUGUUCAGACCGAAAGGUGAGGCAAAGCAGGGUUAAGUCUGGUUUGUACUUGGGAAGGGGACGUGCAGCCAUAUCUAUGAAAUUACUAGGAAUCCAGCUCAACUCCACAAGCUUUUUCCUUUUUUUUUUUUAUCUAAAUGGCACUCAGAUAUUAAAUAUACAGGAAAAACUUUAGUUCCUUGGUAGGUGAAGUCCAAGUUUUGCACACAGUAUCACUGAGAUUCAGUCCCCAUCAUUACCAGAGCUGGAGACAUGGAGAAUCAUUACAGACAAUGCAGAUAAUAUUGAGCAAAAGGGUAGUCCUCAACUUACGACCACAAUUGAGCCCAACGUUUAUGUUGCUAAGCGAGACAUUUGUUCAGUGAAUUUUGCCCGUUUUACUACUUUUCUUGCUAUAGUUAAGUGAAUCACUGGUUAAAUUAGUAAAAUGGUUGCUAAGUGAAUAUGUCUUCCCCCAUUGACUUUGCUUAUCAGAAGGUUGCAAAAGGUGAUCACAUGACCCUGGGACACCACAACCAUCAUGAGUCACUUGCCAAGCAUCUAAUUUUGAUCACAUGACCAUGGGGACGUUGCAACAAUCGCAAGGGUGAAAAAUGAUCAUAGGUCACUUUUUCGUGCUGUUGUAACUUUGAACAGAAUUGUUGUAAGCCAAGGACUACCUGUAUCCGAUUCUGUAUAAGACCCCUUAUAUAUAAGCACAUAAAUAUAGGCAAUUGUUCAAGCUUAGGAGAGGUGAACCAAAAUUCCUUUCUCCUCUAAUUGAUUCCUCUUGCUACAUUGUUCAUAAUGAAAGUUCCUAAUAGUCUAGUCUAGUGGGGGGUUUUUUAAUCUCAGCAACUUCAAAAAAGUAUUAUUUGGGGUAUUCUGGGAGUUAAAGUCCACAUCUUAAACUUACUAGUGUUGAGAAACACUGGUCUAGUCAGCCCUCAGUUACAAGUUUUCUUGUAAACUGAGGACUGACUAGGCCAGUGAUUCCAGCCUAGGUUAUUUUCAUCUUUCUCUAAACUGACUGGUAUUAUGACUAAUUUUAAAACUGGAAACAAGAAAAAAAAGGAAAGAAUUAGAUUAAGGCCUAGUCUAACAAUUGUGGGAUAUGAUAGAUGAAGUUUGAAACUUCUAGAUCAGCGGCCUCCAACCUUUUGGGCCCUAGGGACCAGUUCCGUGGAGAAAGUGUUUUCCGCAGACUGGAGAGGACGUGGUUUUGCAUGCUGCCUGCGUCCCGCAGAUGGGGCUUCACUUGUUUGCGCAGACUGGUUGCUGGCAUGCUGCGGAGCAGUGCCACUCCACGGACCAGGGGUUGGGGGUCCUGCUCUAGAUCUUGAACUACAACUUCCAAAAGUUUCAGGCCAGCGUGACCAACAGUGAAGAAUCCAAUUAUGGAUCAGCAACAUCUGAGAUUCCCUACUUCUGAAUUAAGAGGAAACUGUACUUUAGUGGUAGAGUCACAAAGGCCUAAAGUCAAGUCCACAAUCUCCAGUUUAAAACAAGAUUAGUCAUUUAUACAGUGUUAGUCAUUUAUUACAGUAAUCCAGUAAUUCCAGUAUUUUUCAGGAAGCUUUACAAAAUGGAUAAAUGCAGCCUAUUGAAUUUUUAUUGCAGAUGUAAAAAUUUAUACAGUGAUCAGUUUUAAUAAAGUGUCAAUAUAGUAGAACCUCUGGUCACAAUCAUAAUUCGUUCCAUAAUUUUGGUCACAACCCAAUUUGGUCGUGACCUGAACCUAAUUUUGUAAAUUUGGUGCUUACAAAAAAAAUGGCACAGAAGGGGAAAUUGGCAGCAGGGAAAAAAAAUUGUGAAUUUUUUGGUCGGAACCCAAUUUGGUCGUGGUCAGAAGUGUUCAUGACCAGAUAUUCUACUUAUAUGCAAUUAAAGGAUUUUUUUUUUACUUUCUCAAAAUGUCUUGUGCAAUAGAAAUGUGACCAUGUCCAGGUUAUAACUUGGCUGGGGGAGUGAUGCCUUGCACAAUUUGUUACUCAUUUGGUCAUGCAAACAUCUUUUACAAUUUUGGUUACAACCUCUAAGAUAUCCUUGACAAGCUGUUAACUACCUUUGUGCUAAAAUAAAUAUUCUACAAAUUUUA